GAAAUAACAGCUUGAAGGGACGCGACCUUAUCUCGCAGAUAUGAGGAUGCCUUGCGAGAAGCCUCGACUGAGGGCGAUCCUGCAGUCCGGUCAUUAUAAAUCCUGGAUGCCCCGCUGCCUUGAGCACGGUUGGAAGCAACUUACCCAUCGCCUUAGGAGAAUCGGACGUUAUCCUAUACAUUUUUCAUCAUGACUUCCGCGGCUGACGUCUCCUACUCGGACGUCCAACUCGGCUCAUGGAUGGACAGAUCGAAGGGGCCUGUGCAUGGAGCCAACGUUACGGUCACCUCUACCAACGGCGUCAUACUCGUUGCAUUCAUCGCUCUCUUUGUCCAAUUUGCUGGACAGCACCUGUGGGGUAUCGCCUCUUUCGUCUGGCACCAACUACGCGUUUCGCAUCGUGCGAAGACGGCCUUGCAGUACCAACAAGACGCUUCACUGAGGAAUAAUGGUUCGCCGGGCCAAACCCUCUGGCACUUUUUACAAAUCGCAUGGACAUGGCGACAUACUCGUCGCCAUCGGCGUGGAUGGUGGUGGCUGGCAGCUGUCCCUAUCCUCAUCCCCCUGCUCUUCCAGUGCCUUCUCACUGCAACUGGCAUCCUUUCUUCGGUAAUCGUGGAGACAUCCGACGUUGAGAUACUACUCCGUGGCGACAAAUGCGGCAUCUGGCAGACUCCGAGCCAGGAGAUGAUCCUUGCGGCCGACAAUGAAUUCAUGGUGGAGAAUCAGCGAUGGAUGGGGGGAGUGACGGAAUUCAGCCGUAUCUACGCUCGGACAUGUUACAAUAACAGCGCGACUGCGGAUUCGCCUACUUGCCAAGCCUUCACACAGACCUCCAUUCCAUAUUCUUCCCGGACCAAUGCAUCAUGCCCGUUCGACACCAUAACCUGUUCCUCUCCAAACGGCAAUCUGCAGAUGGACACUGGCGAGCUGGAUACGAACAAAGUCCUAGGCAUCAACACCGGGAAGGAUAACGUCAUGUUUCGGAAAGUCACUACCUGUGCUCACCUGAAGCCGGAUUUAUAUACAAGGACAAUAAACGAGACAGGCCCCAACGGCGAGUCGGGAUAUCAUGUAUACUGGGAUUGGGGAACCCUCACCUGGAAUGACGGCUAUGAUUAUAUUGCGGAAGCGCGGAACUACACUGGUCAACCAUGGGCUGGAUACACUAUGAUCACGCCUCGCCACUACCUCGUGGAUCCAAGGUUGGACUUCCCAGACCAAUCUUCCUUCAUGCCGCGUGCAGAGUUCAACGUCUCGGAUGGAGAUAUAUUCAUGCUCUUCCUGUCCGCUCAUGAUAUGGUUUUCGCAGCGCCAUGCGAUGAUCCAUGGUUUUCAGCGCAUGAUGUCGCGGCGACGGACUACAACCGAACCGAAUACCGGUCUGAUCAUUUACUGAACCCCGUUGGGUGCGUGGAGCAGUUUACAUUCUGUAAUCCUCAUGGCAAGGGCAGCCAAUGCACGCCUCUAGGUGGCAUCCUGCCUGCUGCUGCCGCAGCUAAGGAGGGUCUCGGUCUCAGUACCUCGCAAUCCGCCAUCGUCGAUAUUAUUGUCAACGCAAUAUAUGGCGGCAAUGCCGGCAUCACCCAGCCUGUUUCCUUGCUAGCAAGUAAUACCGCCUGGGAGGGCGUACAGCUACCCCUACCUAAGAAUCAAUGGGUCUUCGAGCUUCAAGAUAUGCACAACCGCGCACUUACUAGCCUUCAACGCAUGAUUGUCGAUUACGCCCGCGGUCCGGGCUCUGCUUCCGCGCAACAGUUCCUGACCGUGCCGAAUGAGGCUUUCAGGGAGCUCUGUGGUUUGGUGCGUGCAAAGACAAAUGCACGGUUCAGCAACGUAAACACCUACGGGCUAGUGGUCACCGUUACUCUUGGCACUCUGGUCAUCCUCACCAACAUGUUCCUAGUCGACAUCGUUUCUGCAAUCCAAAAAUGGAGGAAGAUCGAUUCGUUCAAGCGCAAGACUUGGAUCGCAGAUGGGCUCUUCCAGCUACACAAGACCAACCUGGAUACAGAUAGCCUAGAUCCGUGGAAGAAUCUCGACAAGUCCGUACCGACCACACAACGAUGCGGUCUCGUCGCAAGGAGGCCAUACAAGGAGCUCCCUGAAUCCCUCGCAUCGACUCCCCAGACUGCCUCGAAGAGCGCGCAAUUAAGUCAUCAGGACCUCGAAGCCGUGAUUGAGAUGCAUGAAGUUGCGGAGGAAGGCACUGCAAUGCCACGUGCGCCUGUAUCAGUUGCCCUAGCGAGGAUGGAGCAAAGCGGCAAAGGAAUACACGCCCAAAGCAAAGAGGUGGAAGAGGAGCAGUCUCCCGUAUCCCCGAUGGAGUCAUCGGCAAACAUUCCGACGUUCGCACGAGAGCAUGAAACUCCGAGCAGAGGUGUGUGAAACCGGAAGAAGGCGCAAGGAGUGCAGCACAGGAAUGGGAGGCCAGGGCCAUGGAAUGGUAGUACGUUAGCGAUGAGACACGUGCGUCCGGGGCUCCUUUUUAUACCUUUGGGACUUUCAUAUCUCUU